CACCUGCCUCUUUCACGUUCGCUUUUCGUCAUCCUUCAUCGUUCUUCCGAACUUUUUCUUCGCACCUGCCCCUUACCACCCAGCUCCACCCAGCUCUAUCCUUCUUAAAAUGGCGUUCAUCUCCGCAACCCCCAUCCUGGCAUCAAGCGUCCGUUACUCCCGAGCGGCAUGCACCGUCCGACCUGCUGCCCUUUCCUCCUUCACAGGUCAGCGCGCUGUGCUUCGCGCGUCCACCCCCGCUACUAACACCCCACGCAUGGGUUUCGAGAUCUCGGAGGGUGUAGAAUUCAAGCUGGACUUGACCAUCCUGAUUCUCGCUAUCGUCGGAUGGGUCGUUCCCUCGUCGAUCCCAGCUGGCAUUCCGCUCACCGAGGGAAGCGGCCUCACCCAGGCCUUCUUCGCCUCCAUGAACGCCAACCUCGCCAACUUUCCCAAGGGCCCCGCUGGUGACGACCCCUUCUGGACUCUUCUCUUCCUUUGGCACACCGGGUUAUUCGCAUGCAUGAUCUUCGGUACCAUUGGUUACAACUCCCGCAAAGUGCAGUCCUAG